AAAAACAGAAAAUUGUGAGAGAAACAACAAACAAACUCAAAUUAACAAUGUCUUCUUCUACUUCUUUCCCCUCAACAUUUUACACCAGGAAGUUGCUAUUACAUACUAUUCCUCACCUAGCAGCAAGUUCGCCAACUUCGCCACAUUCCCUGAGUGGUAAAGAACAAUCGGGUACCACUACACCAGGGAGUGAUUUCGAUGCAAACGUACUCAUGGUUCUUUCAGUUCUUAUAUGUGGACUAAUAAGUGCACUAGGUCUUAAUUCCAUCAUUAGAUUUGCAAUAUUAAGUUGCUCUAACCGAGUUGUGCAUGAUUUGGGCGACAGCACACCUAAGUUGGCACAUACCGGAAUAAAGAAAAAAGCCCUCAAGACAUUUCCUACAGUUACUUAUUCAACUGGGUUGAAGCUACCAAGCCUAGGCACUGAAUGUGUUAUCUGUAUCUCAGAGUUCAGUCCCGGUGAGAAAAUUAGAAUUUUACCCAAAUGUAACCACGGGUUUCAUACUAAAUGCAUCGAUAAAUGGCUCAGCUCACACUCAUCGUGCCCAACUUGUAGGCAUUGUUUGAUUGAGACCUGCGGAAAGAUCAUUAACGGAGGAGGCCAAUCCUUAAUUCCUCAAGCGCCAGUUCCACCUCCACCUCCACCAUCAACCACUGUUCCUCUAGAACAUGAAAGAGCCACACCACCAUCAUCGAACAUUGUUCCAUUGGAACACGAAGGUGUCACACGAAAUGCAGUCGAUAUCUGUUAAAUGAGUUGUGAAUUAGCUAGAUAUUCUACAUGUUAGCUAGGCCUUUUUUUAUGUUUCAGAGAGGACCCAGGAAA